AUGGAAUCCGAACGACUGAAUUGGUUGAGGGAUAAUCAAUCGAAGUUAAGAGUGGGCAAAUAUAAUAAUUUGACCACUCAAACUGAUGGCGAUAGAAGAAAUGAACACCAGAAGCAGGGAAAACGAGUUGUUUUGCCAUCAACAUUUAUUGUUAGCAAGAGAUGUAUGGAUCAACUAUAUUUUGACGGUAUGGCCAUUUCAAGUCGAUUGGGAUUCCCUGAUUUAUUUGUUACAUUUACCUGCAACCCAAAUUGGCCUGAAAUUAAAAGAGCAUUGUCAGGAACAGGACUACAACCCCAUGAUAGGCCAGAUAUCAUUUCAAAAGUUUUCAAAAUAAAGUUUGAUACCCUCAUGGAUGAUAUUACAAAACACCAUGUUGUCGAAAAAGUUAUUGCAUAUAUGUACACCAUUGAAUUCCAAAAGCGUGGAUUGCCACAUGCUCACAUAUUAAUAUUCCUACACCCUCAGAGCAAAUACCCAACACCAUCUAACAUAGACAACAUCAUUUUUGCUGAAAUUCCCGACCCGACUGUUCAUCCCAAUUUAUACAAGUUGGUUAAGGCACAUAUGAUGCAUGGACCCUGUGGCCUCGCGCGCAUGAAAUCACAAUGUAUGAAGAAUGGAAGAUGUUCUAAAUACUAUCCCAAAAAGUUUAUUGAACACACUAUUGUUGAUGCAGAGGGAUAUCCACUUUAUAGGAGAAGAUCAAAAACCUUCACUAUUGAAAAAAAUGGUAUCACCUUGGACAACAGACAUGUGGUUCCAUAUAACACCAGAUUUCUGAUGAAAUACCAGGCACAUAUAAACAUGGAAUGGUGUAAUCAGAGUACUUCCAUAAAAUAUAUUUUCAAAUAUAUCAAUAAAGGCUAUGAUAGAAUAACAGCAGCAGUUUCAACAAAUAACAAUCAACCUGUUGAUGAAAUCCAACAAUAUCUCGAUUGCAGGUAUGUCUCCCCCAGUGAAGCAUGCUGGCGCAUUUACUCUUACAAUAUUCAUGGCAGAAAACCAGCUGUGGAACAUAUGUUCUACCAUUUUAUUGGGGAGAAACCUAUCUACUAUACAGAUUAUGCACGCAUGGAAAAUGUGCUGGAAACUGCAAGUGUGACUGAAUCAAUGUUUACUGCAUGGCUGGUGGCAAAUGCUAAAUAUGAAGAAGCACGAACAUUAACUUACGGUCAAUUUGUCUCAAAGUUUGUUUAUCACAAAAAACAAAGAGAAUGGAAACCGCGUAAAAAAGGCUUCACCAUUGGACGUCUCAUAUGGGUUCCGCCAACAGCUGGUGAACUGUUUUACCUCCGCAUGAUGUUGACGGUAGCAAAAGGACCAACAACUUAUGAGGAAAUCAGGACGGUGGAUAACAUCCAGUUUGAUACAUUUAGAGAUGCGUGCUUUGCAAUGGGAUUUCUUGAAGACGACAAAGAAUACAUAGCUGCUAUAAAGGAGGCAAGUCAUUGGGGGACAGGUCAUUUUCUUCGAAAACUGUUUGUCGUCAUGCUUUUUUCAGGUGCUGUUAAUCGCCCUGCACAUGUUUGGGAACAAUCUUGGCUCCUAUUAUCUGACGGUGUCUUACAUACACAAAGAGCGUUGGCUGCAAAUCCAGAAUUAGUCCUCACACAAGAAGAGUUACAAAAUGUGACUUUAAUAGAAAUUGAGAAACUGCUUCAAGCAAAUAGAAGGACACUAAAGGAUUUUAGUCCUAUUCCAUAUCCGAAUGCUUAUGUUCUUGAACAGUUGGGAAACAGACUCAUAUAUGAUGAGCGUAAUUACGAUACAACAUCAAUGAACUCGGAAUUUGAAAAUCUGUUUGCUGCUCUUACAGAUGAGCAAAGAGGUAUUUAUGAAAAAAUUAUGCAAGUUGUGGAGUCUCAGAAUCCUGCCGUUUUCUUCCUUCAUGGUUAUGGUGGUACCGGAAAGACAUAUAUGUGGAGAAUACUCGCAGCAGCUUUAAGAUCAAAACAUGAUAUAUGUUUAACUGUUGCAACUAGGCGGUAUAGCAUCUUUGUUACUUCCAGGAGGUAG